AUAUUUUUCUUAUAUAAAAUUCUAUGCAUAUUCCAUAAGAUGACCUUAUUCAAGCAUAUUGCAAAAUAUGCUGGAUGAAUGGAGCUAGAAACAAGUGUAAGUUUCCAGUCUGGAAAUACAGCCAAAUCAGGUUCCACUACCUCAAUAUAAUCGUAAUCAAAAGGAACCUAUUUAGAAACCGUGUACAUUCAUUUCACGCUGUUUCAAGAUUUUAAUUGCAAUACAAACCUGGUACAUUCGUUUCCCAUUGUUUAUGUGGAAGCUUGUUUGAAGCUAGAAGGGCGGAUGUAAAUCUCUCUCUAUAUCUCUCUAAAAUAUGACAAGGAUGAGCAGCGAUGAAUGGUAGCUUGGGUUCGUGACUUUCUUGUGGAAGCUUCAAAGGUCAGUGACUCGUCAGGUUUUUAGAGAAGAAGAGGACUGGUUUCAAUAGUUUAUCUUCUUUCAAGUUCUGUCCAAUUCGAAGUGGAGAUAUGGCCUCUCGUCCUUGGAGAAGUUUGAAUGCAGAAGGCCUUUUUUUUUAAUAAAUCUUGAGGGUCUGAAUAGCAAGGGCUGGAAUGCAUUGAUAGGUGAGUUUAAAGCGGUCAAAGAUGCUUAGGAAAUGGAAUGGGCCUUUGUGUUUGGGUGUUCAAAGCCGUUAGGAAAGGAGUAAAGGUAUGGGUUGGACCAUCCACUUCUUUUAUGAAGGUUAUAAAUCCUUUAAAUCUUCAACAGUUAGUUUGAUGGUGAGAGAGAAGACUUAAAAGGAAGGGUUUUUGGUGGAGGAAGGGAGCUCACAAGGAAUUCGGCCAGGGUCUUUGAUGGGUUUUUUGAUUGAAGGGGUUCACCGUUUGCCUUUCUGUUCUAGGGAGCACGGGUGCUCUUCUCCCAAUAUGUUCGAAAGCAAGUUUUGGAGAAGCAAGUACACAAACUCACAACCCCAAUAAAAGAAUGCAUAUGAAUUCACCAAGAACAAAUGCUCCUUUCUCCUUGGAUUAUUGAGCUAUCUAGAUCAGCUGCCUUGGCUUUACGUGGUGAAUGUGACUUCACAAUUAAGGCCGAAAUUGCACAGGCAGGGGGUGCUUCAGCUCUGUUGGUAAUAAAUGACAACGAAGAUCUUUACAAGAUGGUCUGUUCUGAAAAAGACACUGCCCUUAACAUUUCUAUUCCUGUUGUGAUGCUUCCCAAGAGCAGCGGAGAAACUAUUACAAAAUCUAUAACCGACGGCAAGAGAGUGGAACUUCUAUUAUAUGCUCCAAAGCGACCAGUUGUGGACUUCUCUGUUGUGUUUUUGUGGAUGAUGUCUGUUGGAACAGUUGCAUGUGCUACACUUUGGUCAGACAUCACUGCUCAGCAGACCGAGGAGAGCUAUAAUGAAUUAUCACCAAAGGGACCUUCCAAUAUCGAAGCAGCCAAAGAUGACUUUGAUAAUGAAACUCUGGAUAUUAAUGUGCAGAGUGCAGUAGUAUUUGUCAUUUCGGCAUCUAGUUUCUUGGUGCUGCUAUAUUUCUUUAUGUCCUCGUGGUUCGUUUGGCUGUUGAUUAUAAUGUUCUGCAUUGGUGGUGUUGAGGGUAUGCAUUCCUGUAUAUUAGGACUUAUAUUGAGUAGAUGCAAAAAUUGUGGGAAGAAGACUCUGAAUUUGCCUUUAAUAGGGGAAAUCUCUGUUAUUUCAUUUGUUGUGCUGCUUUGUUGUAUAACAUUUGCUGCUGUCUGGACUCUGAAUCGACGUUCAUCAUACUCUUGGGCUGGCCAAAAUAUUCUUGGUAUCUGCCUGAUGAUAACAGUCUUGCAGAUGUCCCGAUUACCUAAUAUUAAGGUAGCAACGGUACUUCUUUGCUGUGCAUUUGUCUAUGACAUCUUCUGGGUGUUCAUAUCCCCAGUAAUAUUCCAAGAAAGUGUAAUGAUUGCGGUUGCCCGCGGGAACAAUAGUGGUGGGGAAGCCAUUCCAAUGCUCUUGAGAGUUCCUCGCACCUUUGACCCUUGGGGCGGCUUCGAUAUGAUUGGAUUUGGAGAUAUACUCUUCCCUGGUUUGCUUGUUUCGUUUACACACAGAUUUGACAAAGCAGAGAAGAAAGAGAAGUGUAAUAGAUAUUUUCCUUGGUUGCUCGUUGGAUAUGGAACUGGUCUCUUCUUUACGUAUUUGGGCUUAUAUUUAAUGAAUGGACAUGGCCAACCUGCACUCCUUUAUCUAGUUCCAUGCACUCUGGGUGUUACUGUUGUUUUGGGUUUGAUCAGAGGUGAGAUUGGUCUACUUUGGAAUUAUGGAACAGAAGCUGCUGGAGAACCUUAAAGGUUUUUUCUUUGGUGGUGAGGAGGGCACUUUUUAUAAUUUUAACAUCUUUUUACUGUAUCCCCAACACUUGAUGUAUCUAUGAGAAAUGUAUUUCUAUAAUUUGAUCAGCCUUGAAUGGUUCCAAAUUUAUAAAUUCAUUUUUUAAA